UACGCGGUCCGCUCAAUGCGAGCAAAGCGAAAAUGACUUCCACAGCUGACAUGCGGGGUCUCGCGCCCAAGACAACACAACCUUGGAAACCCCACGUUUUUGAAGGAUCAACAACGGUCUGUCAUCAGCGAUGUCUUCAGCCAAAGAACCAAGUGUUGCGACACGAGUUUUCUAUGCGACAUGUCACUGUCGUGCAUCGACCUUCUCGUUCGAGGUCAGUAUGUCCGACCUGCCUCUACCGGUACACUUUUGCCACUGCAGCAUCUGUCGUCAUUCUACUGGUACGCUCAGCACGGCAGGCGCCAUCAUUCCUGAGCCUGUCGUCAAUUUUUCGACUUUGACAGUAUACAAGAGUUCCGAGCAUCUGACACGCUAUUUCUGCUCGACGUGUGGAGCACACAGCCUGGGCUCUUUUCAGCUUGGCAAUGUCACGAAGUGGUUUGUCUCGGCGCCAUCAGUCGAUGCAGAGGAAGAGGUGUGGAACUUUGCCGGCCAUGUAUUUGUUGGAAGCACGGGUGACGGAGGACUCGCUACUCUUCUGCAACAGAUCGGCGGGAUAGAGGUAGGACUGUGGGACACUUGGGCGGGCAAGAGCGCUCCAUGGCACCCAGCAGAUCGACCUGCAGCCGUAAGGCCCGCGAAAGAAGAGCCAGACCGCCUACACGCUCGUUGUCAUUGCGGUGGUAUCGAAUUCUACGUCUCGAGGCCCAACGGCGAUGAGACCUUCACCGAAAUCGAUGAAGAUAACGUUCGCAAACACAAGGACAAAUGGCUUGGGAUACACGAUGUAUGUACCUCAUGCCGACUGACGAUCUCGACUUGGGUCAUCUCUUGGAUCUUUCCCUCACGCGACAAGAUCAUUUUGCCAGAUGGUUCACCGUAUCCGGCGGACGGCAAAUUCGGUACCGUGGAGGUAUACAGUAGUUCAGCCGGCGUAUAUCGAUCGUUCUGCGGAAAAUGUGGAGCCGCAGUGAGCUACGUUAGCAGCGAGAGGUCCCACGUGGUGGAUAUUGCUGCGGGUUUGCUUGACCACGAUGGCCAUAACGUUAGGGCUGAGGACUGGGUUGAGUGGAGAUCAUACAAGUUGGCAUGGGAAGAGGAUGCAGUCUGGAAGAGUGCAAGAGACGCAUUAAGGGAGGGUCUGCAGGCAAACGAGCUGAUGCAGUGACGUACGGUGGUAAGGUCCGCCUCCCAACACACCACCCACAGCUGCGCGGGACGUUCGCCAUCGAAGAGCGGGAGAUGCGGCUCUAUGCUGGUAUAGCAAAUGACUGAGUUCUGGACGUCCACGGCAGGGUUCGAUCUUGAUUGUAGCGCGUUUCAGCGUACCGCAGCCCGCACUCGGGGAAAUGAUUCACAUCUCGC